ACGAGCAGUAGGAGAUACUUUUUUCGAACGCACGAUACAUUCAGUCUCGAAGUGCUUCGUGUAAUGCAAAGACACUGUUAGUCUGACAACGUUGUGAGUUGAUACGAAUAAACGGUACGAGAUUUCAAUGUUGUAUUAUUAGCAUCUUAGCGACAAUUUAGUUAUUAAUUAGACUCAUUAUAUCGUGUAUGUAUGAAAAUUCAUAAUAAAAAACUACAUAAUACGUGAUAAAAUCGACACGAAUAAAUUAUCUCAGCUAGUGUCUCUCAGAAGAUCCGUUCAUAUCCGUUCGUGACGAAUAUUACAAACACUCAACGACUGAUAAAAAUAUUAUUUCUCUGACUGUAACUCAAGUUUCAUUGUUAUAAAAAUGGGAAAAAUAUAUGAGCGUCGACUGGAACGACCAACACCAACCAUAUCUAUGGGACAAGCUGUGCUAAACAAGCUGAGCGAGAACGGCGAUCAUGUCUUGCUAAUAGACGGGUCCAAUGGCAAACAAAUGACAAGCAAAGAAUUACUCGAGAAGAGCAUAAAACUCGCAAAAUUUUUGCAAAAACGCGGGAUAAAAAUUGGUGAUAGAAUUUCCAUUGCAACUGAAAAUCGAGUGGAUUGGUUAAUACCGGCUUGCGCGAGCUUAUAUCUCGGUACUGUACUUGCGCCGUACAACCCUAUGUACACAGAAUAUGAAUUCCAGCAUAUAUUAAAAGUUUCAAAGCCGCAGAUUAUUUUUGUAUCUCGGCGCACGGAAAAUCUCUUGGCCAAAGUCGUAUCGACUUUAUCGUGGAAGGUGGAAUUAAUAGAACUGGACGAUCAGCCGUACACGGCAAAUGUUCGCACGUUAACAGAUAUCUUAAAUAACGAACAAGCUACAGACUUCUUAAAAUACAAAGCAACGGAUAUUGGUGACAGUAGUCAACAUCCAGUGGCUAUUCUUUGUUCAAGUGGAACUACAGGGUUGCCGAAAGGAGUAACGUUGUCUCAUAAAAAUCUAAUGGCAAUCGUUACUAAAAUAAUACAGCCCGAGUACAUGGAUAUAAAGCCACGUGACAGAUAUAUGAUACUGCUGCCGUUUUAUCACGGUUACGCAUUCAGCACAUUGUUGAUAUGCAUCUACACGAACUGCCUGAUCGUUACUAUGCCUGCCUUCGAGCCGAAGCUCUUCCUAACCUUAAUCCAGCAGCAUAAGAUCACUCAUCUACCGAUUGUGCCGCCAAUUUUGACGUUCCUGGCAAAGCAUCCGCUGGUAGAGAAAUACGACUUGCGGAGCGUGAGAGAAAUCGUCUGCGGAGCGGCGCCGCUUUCGAAGGACGUCGUAGUUGAAGUAAAAGCUCGCAUCGGCAUAAAGUUUAUUCGCAAUGGCUACGGCAUGACAGAGCUAUCAGUAGUGAGCAACAUAAGCGCACGCGAAGAAGACGAAAACAGUGCGACAUUGUACGAGAAUCCAAGCUCAGGACUGCCUCUACCCGGUUUUCUCAGUAAAGUAGUCGACGUCAACACGCAGGAGACGCUGGAAGCGGGUAAAGUCGGCGAGAUAUGCUUUAAGGGGGAGCAAGUGAUGAUGUAUUACUGGGACAAUCCUGAAGCUACCAGGCAGACCAUCGACCAGGACGGAUGGCUGCACACUGGAGACGUCGGCUACUACGACGACAAGGGCUGGCUACACGUGGUCGAUCGUCUGAAGGAACUGAUCAAGUACAAAGGCUACCAAGUCUCGCCAUCGGAGAUAGAAACGGUAUUACUGUCGCAUCCCGCGGUGAAGGACGCCGCGGUCACCGGCAAACCUGACGAACGCAGCGGGGAGAUUCCUGCAGCUUUCGUAACAAGGCAACCCGGAGCUACGAUCACCGCCGAAGAUCUCCACGAAUUUGUCAAACAGAAACUGUCGCCGCAAAAAUGGCUGCGAGGUGGAAUACACUUUGUGAACGCCAUACCCAAGAAUCCCACUGGCAAGAUUCUACGUCGCGAACUUCGAACUAUGAUCUCUAAACUAUAAUAAUAUAAAUUAAUAUACCAAUAGACUGUGUCCACAUAAAAAAAACUCCUUUAAUGCAAUUCAAGCAAUCGAAUUAAAAUAUACGCGAAAAUAUUGCCGAUUGGCAAUUGCUUAAUAAAUGCCAUUUUUUACUACGUUAGCAAACGUUAGCAAACGUUUUAUUACGAAGAAAAGUAAGUGGCACGAAUUUUCUUGUCAUAGCUACACAAAUUUACUCUAACUUGUUGUCAACAAUUUGGCCGAGCAAUUUGUAAAUAAACUGUUGCCAACUAACGUGUGACCGAUUACAUGCGAGCGAACAGUGGCCCAGUUUCUCCCUCAAAUAUAUUGGGACAGCACACAACGUGGGUGUUUCGAGUUAUUACGCGAUAUCACUCUUGCGUCGACCUGCGGUGCUACGAAAAUAAGCGAAGAAACCUGUUGCGUUACACACAUCAACGAGCGGCGAGAAACGCACGCUCUCCUACUUCAUCAAUAUCUAACUUCUUUCUUUGUCACAAUACUUUCAAAUUCCUCAUCAAUCUCGUGUGUUUCAUAUUUAAUCUCUGUUCUAUAAUUUGGAAAAUAUUUAUAACAUCAUAGAUUGUCUAAAUAAAUGAUAUAGAAG